AUGUUACAGAUAUUCCAAACAUUAUCAGGUCUAGCAUUAGUGGCUGUAUUAAUGAUUCUAGGAUGGUUUGUAAUGUGGAAGAUGUACUUGUCUAAAUAUGAAUUUGUUAGAGAAUUGAUGGGUUACAAAAAGGAUGCACUUAAACCUAAACCAAAGAGCAGAAGAACUGGUCCUGUAAAAUUAAACUUUUUUUAA